CCUCCUCCUGAAGAAAAGGACAGAGAGGAGCGGAGACAGGCUGAGACAGAGUUUCUCCUCCCGGGUCACAGCGGUCCGUCCAGUCGACAGAGGAGGUUGUUCUGCGUUUACUUUUGACUUCAUUCUGUGUCAACAUGUCGUCAACACUCAGCCAGGAGCAGCUCCAGGAAAUCAGGGAACGCUUUGACGCCUACGAUGUGGAUAAAAACGGUCACAUCACCUCGUCUGAGAUCAGUAAUGUUUUAGACGACGUGGGACAGUCGCUGCCUGGAUACAGGAUCAGGGAACUGGUCCAGGGUCUGGACCUGGAUAAGAACGGUACCAUCGAGUUCUCAGAGUUCCUAAAGAUUUACGAAGACGCCACCGUGGACAAUGUGGGAAAUACUUUUAAAACACUUCUGGUCAAGAAGACGGGCAUCACUGCCAUCGGAGGAACCAGCACAAUCUCCAGUGAAGGAACUCAACACUCCAUCUCAGACCAAGAACGUUUCGCCUUCGCCAACUACAUCAACUCCAGUCUGGAGACCGACCCAGACUGUGCCCACAUCCUGCCCAUCAACCCAAACACCGGGGCGCUGUUCCAGGCUGUGGCCGACGGCAUCCUGCUCUGUAAACUCAUCAACAUGUCUGUUCCUGAAACCAUCGAUGAGAGGACCAUCAACAAGAAGAAACUCACUCCGUUCACCACGCAGGAGAAUCUGAACUUGGCUCUGAAUUCAGCCUCAGCCAUUGGCUGUCAGGUGGUCAACAUUGGGGCCCAGGACCUGAAGGAGGGCAAACCUCACCUGGUCCUGGGCCUCCUGUGGCAGAUCAUCAAGAUCGGACUGUUUGCUGAUAUAGAGUUGAGCCGAAAUGAAGCUCUGGCGGCGCUCCUGAAGGAGGGGGAGACCCUGGAAGACCUGAUGAAGCUCAGUCCUGAGGAGCUGCUGCUGCGCUGGGCCAACUUCCACCUUCAGAAGGUCGGCAUGACCAUCUCCAACUUCUCUGGAGAUAUCAAGGUAGGAGACCAGUCACGCUGAUGAUGUCAUAGAACGUUUGAUAGUCUUCCUCGCAUCCAGAUUGACAUGUUUGGAAAAAAUGAGAAGUCCCUGGAACGGAGAGCAGAGAACAUGCUGGAACAGGCCGACCGACUCGGCUGCCGACAGUUCGUCACGGCCAAGGACGUGGUGUCCGGGAACCCCAAGCUCAACCUGGCCUUUGUGGCCACGCUCUUCAACAAGUACCCCGCUCUGACCAGACCAGAGGAAGGAGACUGGGGUGAGGGGGGGCUUCACCUGUCAACCAGAGAGGAGAAGACCUUCAAGAACUGGAUGAACUCUCUUGGAGUCAGUCCCCACGUCCACCAUCUUUACAGUGAUAUUCAGGACGCCCUGGUGAUACUCCAACUGUACGACAAGAUCAAAGUACCUGUCAACUGGGACAAGGUCAACAAGCCCCCCUACAAGGCCAUGGGGGGGUGCAUGAAGAAGAUAGAAAACUGUAACUACGCCGUGGAGCUGGGGAAGACCAAGGCUGGUUUCUCCCUGGUGGGAAUCGGGGGGGAGGACCUGUACAACGGAGUCUCCACUCUGACCCUGGCUCUGGUCUGGCAGCUGAUGAGCAGGUACACUCUGAAUGUUCUAGAAGACCUGGGUCAUGGUAAAGUGGCCAAAGACUCGGUGAUCGUGAACUGGGUCAAUAACAGUCUGACUGAGGCGGGGAAGACUUCCACCAUCUCUAGUUUCAAGGACCCGUCCAUCAGUACCAGUCUGGCCGUUCUGGAUUUGAUUGACGCCAUCCAGCCCAACAGUGUGAACUAUGACCUGGUCAAAGGAGAGGCCCAGACGGACGAAGACAAACUGGACAACGCCAAGUACGCCAUCUCAAUGGCCAGAAAGAUCGGAGCCAAGAUCUACGCCCUGCCCUGUGACCUGGUGGAAGUCAACCCCAAGAUGGUCAUGACCAUCUUCGCUUGUCUGAUGGGGAGGGGCAUGAAGAAGGUGUAAAGGUCAAAGGUCCACAGCAUCCCCCGUCUCUGUCUUCUGUCUCUGACCCGGUAACAAACGACAGGUCAAAGAGGCGUAGGCAGGGUGUGACAUCACCACGCCUCGGUCGGUCGGUCGGUCAGACUGUCAGUCUGACUGACUGUAGUCGUUCUUCUGACUGUCCUACUGUACAAUCAGACCAGCUGUUCUCAAUAAAAUAACAUUUUUACCAACA